ACGAUGAUACGAAUUUAUGUACAAAAUACAUAAACGCAACACAAUGUUCUACAGAAACUGAUGAAAAUCGUUUUGAUGGGCGUUGUAUUGGCCAAUUUGAUAGUCGAAAUUGGCAAUCUGAUCCUCAAAAUAUGUUAAAUUACACGAUUCAACCAAGUCAAAACAAACUUUAUGCUAUCACUUUUACUUUUUACCAAACGCCAAAUGAUACGGGAUAUAAUGCUACCUCUGAUACCGGAAUGAAAGUCAGAGCUGUGGAAUCCAGUAAGUAA